AAAAGAAAAAAGGUAGUUUAAACUGACCUCCACACAGAAAUGCUAAACAUUAUACAACUUUAAUAAGUGAUUCAUCUUUUUAACACUUUUAACACAUCUUUAUCAGGGAUGCCAAUGUUUUAUUGACACUUGUGUUCAAUGUUUUGCUCUGUUCACGGCAUUUAAUAAUCCUUAAACAGGCUUGCAGUCCGUGAAUGGAGAUUAAGUUCUUGUUCUGAUCAUGUUUUUUUUCUAUAGUUACAGUGUUUAAUUUGAAAUGGCAAUUCAAACUAGGAGAAUAUUGCUAUUAUGAAAGAAUAGAAAUGAUGUGUUUGGUUAUUUUUUCCAUCCAUCCCCUUUUCAUAUGUUGAUUCUGAAGACUGAGGAAAUAUUCACGAUACUUUCACUGUGUAGUCUUGUAAUUCCACCUCAAAAUGGCAUAAAAGGGCCUUUAAAUGAAAAAAAAUUGGAGGAGAAACUGCUUAGGGACCAUGGGACAUGCCCGCCAGGUGGCGCAACAAACCACUCUUUUCGUCGAAGUCGUCAGUUGGUUUUGGUUACUAAGGUAAUCAAUAGGAUGUCUUCUGUCACACAGCAAAAAGGAAGAAGGCUUAAACCGUAAUUGAAACUAAAUCCUUUUAUGUUACUUAUGUUAAUACACAUGGUGCAUCUAGCUCGGUGCUGUUUAAUGGAGACAAAACCAAACUGGACAAAAACUGCACAUUUUAUUUACAUUUUACUGCAAAUAUCUGAAGACUGCAUGUGUUAUGGUCAGAUUGCGACUGUGAGCAGGUGAGACCCGUGUGACACCAAACUCGUCUUUUUGGACAGUUUGUGCGCAAAAUCAUCAAUUGGCGUUAAUCACUGAUGGGCUGUGCAGCUGCCCGCCGCAUGCUUGCGAGUGAUGGUUUUAGGGCUUUCUGCCUCGGGUGCACGAGCGCGCACGCCGCAAUUGUUGAUGGGCGCGCGGAAAAUGAUGAUGAGAGCGUGACCUCACCGCUUUCUGCACAGCUGCUGGAGAGAAGAGGAGGAGGAGGCAGUGAGAAACAGAAACACGCUGAGAGAAACAGACGGAGACCCAGAACAGCGGAGAGCACUCAAAACACACCAGGAGCUGCGUAUUGGCAAAAGGGGGCUGGACAACAUCGAAGUGCGUCCGUGGGCACCUUCCACACCACCCGGGUUCACCUCCCAGAAUGUUCUGUUUUCCCCAGAAAAAGUCCCUGCGGUGCAUCCACGCACACUGAAGCCCAGAUGCUCACCCUCUCCGCCGACAUGGACGACUCUUCGUCGCUACUGGAUCUGCUGGAGUGCUCGGUGUGCCUGGAGCGCCUGGACACCACGGCCAAGGUGCUGCCGUGCCAGCACACCUUCUGCCGCCGUUGCCUGGAGAACAUCGUCAGCUCCAGGAACGAACUCCGCUGCCCGGAGUGCCGCAUCCUGGUGGACUGCGGGGUGGACGACCUGCCGGCCAACAUCCUUCUGGUUCGCCUCCUGGACGGGAUCAAGCAGCGGCCGCAGCGAGGGAGCGCAGGAGGAGGAGGAGGUGGCCGGCAGUCUCUAGCCGGAGGUUCGCUGCAGGGGUACGCUGCCGGGAUAUCCGCCUCCCCUCCGGGAACUGCAAUUAGAGAGCUGCCCGUGGCCACCAGGAGCUCCCCUGUCAAGAAUAUCCCAGCACUGCCUUGCGGUAAAGCACUCUAUUCAUAUGAAGGCAAGGAACCAGGCGACUUACAGUUUUCCAAGGGUGAUAUUAUCAUCCUGCGGCGCAAGGUGGAUGACAACUGGUACCACGGGGAGCUUAAUGGUUGCCAUGGCUUCUUGCCAGCUAGCUACAUCCAACUGCUGCGUCCCCUGAGUCAAACUCCACCUCAGGGCAAAGCUUUGUACGACUUUGAGGUCAAAGACAAAGACCAGGAUAAAGACUGCCUGGCCUUUAGCAAGGACGAGGUUCUGACAGUAAUCAGACGCGUAGAUGAGAACUGGGCAGAAGGCAUGCUGGGAGACAAGAUUGGCAUCUUCCCCAUUCUUUAUGUCGAGUUAAAUGAAACAGCGAAGCAGCUGAUGGAGAUUGACAAACCUAUGCCAGCGAAUGCACCAGGUCCCAGCUCUGAGCCAGCCCCCCUGGGUCCCUGCACUCCCGGUCCCUCCCCCACUGCCUCGCCGUCUAAUGGAAAUGGCUCUGGCCACAGGAGAGGUGAAGGGAAGAAAAACGCAAAGAAGCGGCAUUCUUUCUCCGCACUCUCUGUCAGCCAGAGGGCUGCCCAGCUCAACAACAGACACAGCAUGGAGAUCUCGCACCCGGUCCUCAUCAGCUCCUCUGACCCCAGAGCAGCUGCUCGCAUUCAGGAUGCAUCUCCUCCAGGUCCCUCUCCAUCCUCAGUGGGGAUACCGCUUCCCCCCAAAGUGGCGUCUCUUACCUCUGAGCUGUUGGCCCAUGCCAAGGUGCAGCUGCCACUCAACAUAUAUUUAGCUCUAUACGCCUACAAGCCCCAGAAAGCUGACGAGCUGGAGCUAAGGAAGGGGGAGAUGUACCGAGUGACAGAGAAGUGUCAGGAUGGAUGGUUCAAAGGCACCUCACUAAGAACUGCCGCCUCUGGAGUCUUUCCAGGAAACUACGUCACUCCCGUGUCCAGGGCUCCAUUUGGACUUGUAUCUCCUCGAGGUUCGAGUUUGUCCAGUCCAGUUGGAGGAGGGGGAAAUGGGUACAGUCAAGCGGCAGGUAAAAUCUCAGACCCUUCAUCCCCCGGAUCUCCUGGCCCCUCGUCGUCUCGUCCCGCCACUCCGCUUGUGACCUCAGCAAACUGCGUCAACAGUGUCAGCCCCGCGUCCUCGCCGCAAACUGCCGCCGCCCAGCUGAAGAACUGCCUGCGUUCCAGCCAGCAUGUGGCCAAUCAGGCCCGCACUUCAAUGCAGCUGGUCCAUAGUCCACCUGCUGGAAGUCCAGAGCGCCCCACUGUGUCCAUCUCCCCGUUGCGUCCUCAGAACUCCUCUCCCUCACGCUGCGCUGGCCAGUCGGGUCGUCCCCUCUCCAUGGUGUCUCCAGGACCCAGCUUAGGCCCCUCCCCGCUCUCCUCCCCAGCUUCACGGCCCAUCCUCCCUCUCUCCUCCCCUCUCUCCUGUCUCACACCUCCCAACGUCUCUGCCGUGUUUCUCAACGGUGAGCCGGCCAGUCCGCUGCAGCCGCCUUCUCCUGGUCCCUCCCACGCUCUCACCCAGGGUGCCCUAGCACCCAAAGUGGAGAAGAAGGAGAGAAAAGCAGCAGGUUUGCUAAAGCUUUUGUCAGGGGCUGCGGCCAAAAAGAAACCACGCUCACCCCCGUCCUCUCCACCCACACACGACCCCUCGCAGGCAGGCCAGGGGGCCGGGGCCACAGAACCAACCCACCACCCUCACCACCUUCACCAUCACGGUCGCUCGGGCUCCUGUCCGAUGGCGUCACAGGGCCGAGCCGGCUCGUGCCCAAUCGAGAGUGAUAUGCCAGGGGCAAUAGGGUUGGAGCCGCUACACAGGAAGUCCGGUUCCCUGGAUACCAACUUCCCCAUGUCACCUCCAGCAACACGUGCUGGCAGCGCUCUAAUGGUCCUCCGGCCUGAGCCCAAACCUUUGUCAAGAGAGAGGUAUCGUGUGGUCGUUCCUUACCCGCCUCAGAGUGAAGCGGAGAUUGAACUGCGGGAAGGGGACGUGGUGUUUGUUCAUAAGAAGAGGGAAGACGGGUGGUACAAAGGCACCUUGCAGAGGACGGGACAGACCGGCUUGUUUCCCGGCAGCUUCGUCGAGAGCUUCUAAGCUCCAAGAACGGGACAAAAGAGUUUAACCCUGUCUCUGAGUCACACACACAAAAAUAUUUUACACAAACACAAGCAGCACCUACAUGGAGGUUGGGCUGAUAUUGGUUUCCCAGAUUCUUUUAUUUCUUUACUGGAUCAAAAUUCAUGAAAUUGUAUGUUUCAUUUUCUAACCUGCCUUAAGAAACUAACUAUUCAACAGUGGAAGGGAAAAAAAUUCUACAUUUAAUGUUUUUACACAUAUUGAGCAAUAUACAAGUUUUAAAUUAAUUCAUGUUUGAAUUAAUCUACAAUUUUCUGAAAUCCAUAUUAGUCCGACCAAUUCACACACACUUCACUAAGCACAGCCCCUUACACAAUUAUUAGGACCCCUGGUAACAUGUAGAAAGUCUUAAAAUGAAUCUAUUUUUUUACUGCAGAAGCAUAAUCUCACACUGAAAAAUUGACCUGAAUUAAAGCACAUUUAUUCAGUUUACUAACCACAUCCACAGAUAGUUUGUACAAAACUGUCCCCAAUGUUUCUUGAUGGUUGUUAGCUGGAUCUUUGCUGAAAAUCUUUCUGUCCCUCUAUUACAAAUAUAACCUGGGUACCUGUUGAGAAAACUUAAAAUGUCACAUUUGAACAGUUUAAAAAGAUAAUAUACAAUAUAUUGCUAAAUCAACACAGACAUAGUUAACCACUCUUUUUCUUGCUAUCCCAGUCUCCAGACCAGAUAGGUUUUUAUUUUACUAAAAGUUGUCCUUUUCAGGAAAUUUUAUUGUGAGAUGAUCCUACUGCAACAAUAGAUACAUUUAUUUAAAGGCUUAAUACACUUAUUUACGAGGGAUGCCAAUAAUUGUGGAGGUCACUGUAGGACAUGGCUUUAAACCAGCUCGGCCUCUUGGAUGGAGUUUACCUACAACUCGUGCUCUGAAGCUACUGAAGGCACAGACUCUUAAGAGCACAGAACGAUGAGCCAUGCCUCCCAGAUCUCCUGUUUGGCAUUGUCCACCAGCAAACAUUAGCACAAAAAUUAUUAGCUCUGUUUUUCCACUGAGACCUCAGAACUUGAAUCCGGGUGCUUUCUUCGUUUGAGGAGUAAACAUUUGCAGCCAGGCGAUGAGGGAAAUACUCAAGCCUGCACUCCAGGAUCUUCUUGUCUACUCUGUGACAGCGAGCACACGUUUGGUUUCAGCCCAGUAUAUGUUGACAAUGCAUGUAGCAUUAUUAUGUUUCUUUUUAUAUGUUGUAAUAGGUGUUUGUGUUGUCCUGCUGUGAUGAUCUGUCACAUUUUAUUUAAAGAAAAAAAAGGCAGAAUUAGGACAUCCAUUUUUCUAUUUAUAUGUCUUACAUGACUGAGAAAAUAUUUAACUUUUAUUACUUUUUGGCUCUCAAACUUCAGUUUAAUUUGAACUAACUGGCUUGUUGAAUGUAAAAUGAAACGGGAAGUUACAAAGAAAUAGGAAGUCACAACGAAAUCCUUCUACAGACUGUUUUUCUAAAGUUGUUUUUGAACUUUGGUAUAAGAAUAGACACAGAAGAAAUGCACAUGGUAAUAUUUGUCACAACUUGCCUCCAUACUUACAUAUACAGAGUAUUUGAACACAUCAAGGGAUUUUUUUUUUUUUUUACUUCUGCUUGUCUUUUUAAACAAAAUUUUUCUACAAGAAGGCACAAAGUAGUUGGGAACAACAACAAAGGCUUAAAUGCUCUAAGUUCAACUUUCAACAUACUUGGAAACUCACCCCUAGAAUCGAUAAUUGAAAAGUUAAUUUGUUUAGUGAUUAUUUUCAAAAAGGGAAAAAAAUUAUGCUUCUGCUAAAUUGUUAUAGAAGCUCUCACCAACAGCACAAACAUUAUUUAUGAAGCUUAGGUCAGCUCCUUCCACUCAACUUUCUAUUUAAAUGUUUGGAUGCAGCAUUCGGUGAACACUCAUUUUCUUUAGGAAGGAGCUUUUGUGACUUUAACUCCCUGUGGAGAGUAUCACUGAAUAUCUGUUAGCAUUGGUCUUGUGUAAUAUUCAAUCUUCUAAUAAACCUAAUUUGGCUUUUUUAUUAUUUUUAAGCCAUAAUAAUGAAAAGUAAAGUGAAACAAAACAAUUAAAAUAAUUUAAACGUCAGUUUAUAUGACAUGAGUCCAUAUAAUAUGAAUUUUACCUCAACAAUAUUAAUGAUUCUCUAAUUUAUUGAAAUUCAUCCAUAGAACAGACCUUUUCUUGAAAACGUGGUAGCAUUUGUAAUCUGACUACAGCAGCAUUGUGAGAGAUAUGUUGAGAUUGAAACAUAAUGAGAGAAGAACCUGGAUCUUAUCUAAUUCCAUUUUAUUCAUAUUAAUCUUUUUCUUCCUGUUUGUGAAAGCACAGCAAACUGACUGUGAACAACAGACUGAGAGGUCAGCAGCCAAAUUGCUGGAUUUUUUAUUUUUAUUUCAGCCGAAGCACAAAUAGCUAUCAGACAAGUGCACAAGUAGAAAGCUAUUUCUUUGACAAGAUAAGCACACGAGGGUCUAACUGACACUAUCCAGAUCAACAGAUUGGUUUAUAUCGCAUAGAAAAGUAGAAAAAAAGUGACCUUUGGCUGUUGUUAUUUUUUGAUAUACAUUUUCCUGCAUUUUUAGGAUAUUUUAAGUGUUUUGUGUGUUAAUUGUGAAAUGUUGUAGAACUGACCAAACUUUAAAGACUUUUUUGUUGUAUUUUUCUUUGUAAUUUUGUUCAAAGCACAUAUUUCAACUUGAGUCCUCCGUUUAAGCUGUUGCUUCCUCUCGCUUUAUCUAUAGAUGAUUUCUAGUAAGUUAACUUUAAGCCUCAUGUAUGUGACUUUUAGUCGCUUCAUUUAUCUGUUUCACUUGUAAACAGAUUUAACAAAUGUAUUAGAUCAGUUAAAUUAUUGUCAGGUCUGCUUACAGUCUUCAUCACAUCCAAAAUUUAAAUUUAAAUUUUUUGUCCCAAACUUUCCAAGGAAUAUUUGUAUUUUUUCCAGAAGCACUAAAGAGCAGGUGAACUAAAACACAGCGUCCUUCAAAUCUUCACAAUAAGAGCCUUAAACCUGCAUUCUUAUCUUGUCGCAUAAAGUUAAUGAAAAUACCCUGCAGUCCGUGUGCUAAAAUCUACAUAUAAUAAUCACGGUAAAGUUUUUCGCAAUAUAAAGUUCUUGUUUACAUUACUGUUACCUUGCAUGAGACAUGACAAUGUGACUUUUAAUGUGUUUGUGAAGGAUUUGUAAAGCAUUUAGUGCUCCUGAAUGUUGCCGAUGGUGAUGCAUGUGGCUAAUUGUUAGGUGCUGUAAGCACAGUUUAGAAGGCUAGACUUUGGCUCUGACUUUGUAUCGAACAAAUUCAUCCAUGUCCUGUUGGUUGCUGAAACCAACCAACAGGACAUGGACAAGACUUACAAAAGCAAGCACAAAGCAAAAACAGCACAGAUAAAGAAAAAUCCUAAGCUAAAAGAACAUUUUUAAAAAUAAAAGCUAAUUGACUGAAAUCCACAAGAAAAUGAUUCAUCUAGAUAUUCCCAUGCAGGGAAUCCUCAGAGGAAAACAGAAUUAUUCUUAAGAUUAAAUUAUUUUCCUGCAACUAGGUGUGGGCUGUUUAUGGUCAAGGUAUGCCAAUGUUUUCAAAAAGGAUAAAAAUUUUCAUAAAAUUUUAUCCACACAUCUAUCCAUUAUAUUCCGCUUAGCAAAGAUCAGGUUGCACAGAUAACAGGCCCACAAGGGAAACCCAGACAUCUCUUGACCUACAGACACUCUCCAGGCCCUUCCUGGGACCCAAAGCAUUUCCAGCCCAGGGGAUAUGUAGGGUAUGUAGUCUAUCCAGCAAGUUUGGGUUAUGCUCUGGGGACCCAUUACAUAUCGCAGUGGUUUGUCCUUAAAAGCCUCCAAACAGAGACACCCAGGAGACAUCAUGGUACGAUAAUCAAGCCACCUGAGCUGACUCCUUUCAAUGCAGAGGACCAGCGUCUGUCCCAGUAGCACUUUCUCACCCUAUGUCUAAGCUUGAGUUUAGUCACUUAGUCACAGGAAGAUCAUUUCAGCUGCUUCUGUGUAGAAUCUCUUUCUGUCUAUCAUGAUCCACCUCUCAUGACAAUGGGAAGCAUAAAUAAUCUGAGCCCUUCCCUUUUUGACUCAGCGAUUUCUCCAACCCAACAGACCACAGCAUUACCUGCAUUACUGCACACGAGGUCAAAAUCUGUCUAUCCCACUUACAAUCCAUCCUGCCAUAAUUUAUGAACAAGAAAUCUUUUUUUAAGCAUAUUAAAUGUUCAUUUGGUGCAAAGCUAUGUUAAUAAGGUGCCAGAAAAUGCUUUGAAGGGAACAAAGUUUUCUCUGGCUAUAUGGAGCACUCCUACAGUUUUCCAUUGCUUUCAAGAAAUGCAAAUUCUUCAUUUAUUGAAAUGUUUCUUGUCCUAGAAUCAUGAACAGUCAUGGUAUGGAAACUGAAAGAGCUGCACCCUGUUUUACUGUUAGUAAGUCAGGAGUGGCUUACUAGCAGUCCAUAAGCCCUGAUCCGAUAGCCUGAAUAAUUUACCAUCAUAUUUAAAUGAAGUGCACAAUUUCUAAAAGACAUAUUCUGUCCAAUUGAUAUUCUCAAUAAAUAAACAGUAUUAUAUGUUUAAUGUUACUUUAAUAAUACUACAAUAGCAGCAGUAAGAACAUUUGUUUUCUAGGUUUUAAAGAAAAGCCAUUCGACCAUGUUGAGACAUUCUUGUUUGUUGUGUGUUAAUAUUGCAGUAUUGUUACUGAAGGUUUCCUACUUCAGUAUGAACCUGGUACCGGCUCAUCCCUAUGUGCAACAGGUCCCAGCUCGCAGGUAUCUGGAUUGCAUUCAACUUUUCGAUUUGGCAUUGAAUUUAUCCACAGUUAAAUUAAGUUUAAUAUGUUUUUAUUGCGCAAGCUCAAAUUUGUUCUCUGUAUGAGUGUCAGUAGGGCUUUUUUUGUUCAGUGAGUAAAAAGGUGCAUAUUUAUCUCCAUGAAAUGAGCAAAGAGGGAGUCACUAUGAAACUUUUGAGUAUCAGCUCUUGGAAAAGUUGGACUUAACAUAUCCCCAUUGGCCUUUGAAACCUGUCAGUCAAACCUUAGUGCCUACAAAUGUCACACAAAUAAAUGGUGUUUAUUCUAGGCAGACCAGUGCCCUCUUUCCAUGCUUCUUUGUAUAUAAGUGUCAGUAAGGCAAGCCUGCGGGUUAAUUUGUAGUCCUCUCUGUUUUGUUGGGGCCCGAUGACAGCAACCAGCAGAUCCCAAAACAGCUCUGCACUGGUCUCACGUGAGCUUUUCUUUGUCUGUUUGUGGGCUUGUUGACUCAAGAACUCAGAUAUAUAUUAUUUCCAAUUUUAAAAAAAAACAAAAACAGCCUCUUAUUUGUGUUUGAGAUCAUUGAAUCUCAGAAGUGUGUGUUUUAUUUUUAUUUCCGUUGGGGUCGAUUUUCUUUGGGGGGGGAAAAAAAACAAAAAACGUUUACAUUUGUCAAAAUGUCAGGAAUAAAACCACUGCACAGUGGUCACUUUAGAUAUAAUAACUUGAAGCGCCAGUUUUUCAAAAGUUUUGGUGUGCGUGUGUAUGUUUGUAUUUUAAUUAUGUGAUCUAAGGUUGUCAUUCGCCUCAGCUUCCUGGUCGUAUAAAUGAACUAGCUGAAAAAUUGUAGCGAGGGCUUCAGAAAUGAAAUUAAACAGUGAAGAGUUAUGGUCAUUCUUUUGAGGUGUAAGCAUUAUUUGGCUUGACUGAGGCACAAUACUAGCACUCAUUGUCUUGGAGCACUAUUCACACCCCUGAAUACUCAAACAAACAAUGUAUUUUAUUGAGAUUUGAUGUGAAGGAUCAAGAUAAAGUAAUACAAAUACAUUCUGCUGAUUUGUAUUUGCCAACAGCCUACAAAUCCUUACUUUUGUAGAACCACCGUUGGCUAUAAUUACACCUGGAACAUCUUUCUGAUUUAUAUAUGUAAAAAAUAUUUAUCAUUAGCUUUCAACUUCAUAAUUAUGUACAAUUUUGUCUGGGUGUAUCACAAAAAAAAUCCCAAUAAGAAACGGAAAUGUUUGUGGUUGUGGGAACCUGAAUACGUUUUCUGAUAACCAUUUUUGAGCCCAAAUGCUUUUUGUGAUGCUGUCAAGUUAUCUGCCAGGAAGCUUGAGUUCCCGAUCUGCCAUUUUGUAUUAAAUGCCAUAUUUGUUCUUACAGAUACUUGAGAGAACCUGUGCGUGUGUGUGAAUGCAAAGCGGGAGGACGGAGGCUUCUGUAUGUAGCUCUUUACACUAAAAAGAAACUCUAUGACAAAGCGUGGUGCAACAUGGACGCUCAUGCCUCUUCAGGACUGACUCGUGGUGAAAACUGUUGGUGCUGUGGGUGAAACAGAGAACAAAAAACAAAAAAAGAUUAUAUAUAGAUAUAUGAUUCUAUAUUGUCCAGAAUAUUUAUAGGCCUUUUGUGCCAUUGCAGUCAUGCUCUGGACUGGUACCGUCCAGCGCUUUCUACCAUGUGAUCAUUAUACAUUGUCUUGUACUGAUGACCCGUGGUUGAUAUGAUUGUUUUUUCAUGUCAAGUGCAUUUUUCGCAAUAAAUGCCUUUGUUUUCAAAUUUA